GGAGUCACCAGACGGCAGGAUGCGCGCCUCUGCACUGUGUCUGCUGCCGCUACUGGCAUUACUGGUGCCUGCGCUGGCCGCCGUCUCCUACAGGGGACACGAAGUGUAUCGUCUGGUGCCCACGGAGGAGCAGCUGCCUGUGCUGGCAGAGUGGCGGCAGCGGGCGGACAUCGACUUCUGGUCGCAGGUGCACCUCGCCGGCCACCCUGUGGACGUGAGGGUCCCCCCACACUUGCAGCGAGAAUUCCGGGAGCAUCUCUACCGCCACAGAGUGGAGCACCAGCUGCUGAUCAACGACCUCGAACAGUGAG